AAAAGCGCCGCCGGCCGGGCGUCUUCGCGGCGUCUGCAUCGCGUCUCUCCGCUCCGGUGCUCCUCCGUGCAGACCAUGGCCCUGCUCUCACGCGCCUCGCUGCUCCUGCUGGCCGCCCUGGCCCUGGCCCUGGUCGCGAGCCCCGCGGCCGGCGCGAGCCCCGGCAAGCGCCAGCUGGUGGGCGGCCUCUCGGAGGCGGACGUCAACGAGCAGGGCGUGCAGCAGGCGCUCGACUUCGCGCUCAGCGAGUACAACAAGGCCAGCAACGACGCCUUCCACAGCCGCGCGCUGCGCGUCGUGCGCGCCCGCAAGCAGGUCGUGGCUGGGUUGAACUACUUUUUGGACGUCGAGAUCGGCCGAACCAGAUGUACCAAGUCUCAGCCCAACUUGGCCAGCUGUCCCUUCCAUGACCCGCUGAGGAAAACGCUCUGCUCUUUCCAGAUAUACACUGUCCCCUGGAUGGGCACGAUGUCCGUGGUGAAGUCCAGCUGCCAGGAUGCAUAGAGGACUGCGUGGCAGGCCAGGCCACGCUGCCUCUCACUCCCACCCCGCCUUGUAGAGCUCCUAAGCCUUAGAUGGGUGACCAUGCCCUGGUGGAAGUCCCUUCGGUGUCCCAGCCCCAGGAGACAAUAGAGAAGGCUUCUCGGGUAUUCUUUGAACAGCUAAGUGGCCCUAACUCACUUCCUUCUUCUAAUUACUUUCCAGGUGCACCGGUACGUAGUGCACAUGUUCUGCUCCUAUCUUACUCAAUAAAAAAGUAACAUCGGC